CGACGUCCGGUGACGUGAAGUGCUCAGGGACUCAUGUGGAGUGAGAAGUAGCAGAAGCUGAAGCCUCUGAUGGAGAACUACAGUAAAGCUCGCACGUCGGAGCAGCCGUCCGUCUGUCCGUUCCCCGGCCUCCCCCCCGACACGCCAGAGGUCCGGGUCAAAGACGGCAGCAAGAUCCGCAACCUGCUGCGCUACGCCCUGAGCCGCGUGGAGACCCCCCCCCGAGCCGCCGGAGAGACGGGCUGCCCGGCGCCGGAGGAGGGAGGCGUGGCCGUGGAGGGCCAACAGGAAGCCCCGGGCCCGCCCCUCUGCAAACAGAUCGUCUUCACGGCGAGUGGAAAAGGCGUCUCCAAGGCCAUCACCUGCGCUGAGAUCGUGAAGCGGCGUGUGAAGGGGCUGCACCAGCUGACCCGGCUGCUGUACAGCGCCGUGGUGGAGGUGUGGGAGCCGCUGGAGCCCGGCGCCGGCCUGGACAGCCUGACCGUCAACCGCAACCUGCCCGCCAUCUGGAUCCUCCUCUCCAGAGACCCGCCGGACUGUGGCCAGCCCGGGUACCAGGCGCCCGGGAGGUACGACGCCCUGUGGGCUCAGGCUGCUAACAGGGAGGAGGGGGGCGGCCCCCCCGCUCAGAAACCAGCACAGCGGAGGAAGAGAGGGGGGGGAGGGGGGGGCGAAGGCAGCAGUGGAGGCCGAGGCCGGGGGAGGAGCCUCGGGCGCAAGACUGUUCGAUCCAGAGAUGCAGCGAAAUGAUGUCGAACUUCAAAAACUGCUAGAACAGAAAGACUGAAGCGCAGAAGCAGCAGGAAGUGACAUCACUGACGCUUUGUCGGCAGGAAACUCGUCCACGCUACAGGAAGUCGACGUGGUCACAGAACAGUCAAAAGUUUGGUUCAAUGGACUCAACGUUUCAGUUGAUUAAUAUUUGAUUUGCUGACUGACUUUAAUUUAAAUGACUUGAGGUCGUUUUCACGCACGUGUUUUUUUUCAGAGUUUGAAGAACGAUCCAAACUGUGACGUCUGGGAUGUUUUUACUCAGUGAAACGAUGAGAAGCUGAAGGAACGUGAAGCCUCAAAGAUCUGAAGCAGAAAUCUGGAAACAUUUCUUGGACCUUCAGCUUUCAUCUGGUGUUUAAAAAGGUUCACAUGAUUAAUCUGCUCUUGUUUCCUGUUGGAAUGUUUGUACAGUAACAGACUGACGCUGAAAAUAACUCGUUCUGUUUAUUAAAGAUGGUUUUUUUAUCCUGAAA